AACAGUGGUCUCUUUAUAUCACUGUGAGCGGAUAUUAUUGAAUUUAGGAUCGAAUGUACCCUGGGUUCGAGAAUCCAGCAUGGCGCCCGAAACAAACGUCGUCACCAUGGUACCCUGUGAAGUCUGUUCCGAGCAGCCGCCCAAGUACAGGUGCCCCAGGUGUGAGGUCAGGUACUGCUCUCUCACCUGCUUCAAACAGCACAAGUUGAACACCUGUGGGGAGAGGGAGAAAUUUGUACAGGAGCAGAGGAGAAAACAACAGUGUGAGGCAGCUGCAGCUACAGUACAGGAGGAGGAGAAUGCUGUUUCCAUGGAGAUGUGGGAUGAUGGGAUGGAUGAGGGAGAUGAGGAGGACCGGGUACCGCUGGACAGACUACAGAAACUCAGGGACUCAGAGGAGCUACAGGACCUGCUGUGUAACCCCCACUUGCAGCGGAUGAUUCGAGAAGUGGACUCUUCCGAUGACCCCGAGGUCACCAUGCAGAGGGCCAUGCAGGAGCCCAUAUUUGUGGAGUUUGCAGACCAGUGUCUGAGAGUGGUGGAACCCCAGCCCAAUGGAACAGAACAGGGUUAGAGGUCAGGAGGGCAAAGGUCAGAGGUUGCUGACCAAAAUAAGGCCAUCAGAGAUGGCAGACUUCACCCCCAUAACCACAUGCUUUGCAACCCUUUCUGUCCCACAGACAAAAAAUGGAAGCACUGAAAAUAUAUAGGACAAUACA